AUGAUUGUGGAUUAUGGGCAAUUUGGUGAUAUUGUGACUUUCGACACUACUUACAAGUUAAAUAGUGCACAUAGACCAUUUGCAUCUUUCGUUGGAUUUAACCAUCAUAGGGAAACUGUUAUAUUUGGCGCAGCUUUGAUGUAUAAUGAGACUGCUGAUUCUUUUAUAUGGCUUUUUAGAAGAUUCUUGGAGGCAAUGUCAAGUAAGGCUUCGAAAAAAUUUUUUACGGAUCAAGAUGCUGCAAUGGCUAAGGCCAUACCUAUUGUCAUGCCUAACACAAAACACCGCGUUUGCACUUGGCAUUUGAUGCAAAAUGCAUUAAGGCAUGCAAAUUCUAUCUUCAAGGAUAAGAAGGUGAAGGAUAAGGGGAUGAAGAGUGUUUUAUCCAAAUUUAUGUACGACAUUGAGAAUGAGGAUGAUUUUACGUUAAAAAUGGAGGAAAUACUUGACAAGUAUGAAGUGCGAGAUAAUCAUUGGUUGAAGUUAACAUUUGGAGUCAAGGAAAAAUGGGAUUGGCCAUAUGUUAGAAAUGCAUGGGGUACGGGUAUGAGUAGCACCCAACUUAGUGAAUCCUUUAAUGCAUUCUUGAAGGAUUUCAUUCAGUCUGAUCAUAACUUAAUGCAAUUUUUCAUGCAUUUUGAUCGAGUUCUUUGCGAGAAGAGGUACAAAGAGUUACAAGCCGAAUAUGCUCUAUGCCAAAAGUUGCCAAGGGUGAAUAUUAAAGUGAAGAUUAUGGAGCAAGUUGCAAAUGUUUACACAAAUAAAAUUUAUGAAAAACUUCAAGAUAAGUAUGUCAAGUCCCUUGAAGUAAAUAUUGAAGAAACUGGAAUUUGUGGUGAGAGUACCAUUUAUACGGUUCUUGAUGGUGAUGGUGUAAAGGUGAGGAAGGUGACAGUGGAGUGUGAUGGUUCACUCACUUGCAAUUGUAGGAAGUUUGAAAUGAAAGGCAUUUUGUGUAGUCAUUGUUUGAAGAUCCUUAAAGAAACCCUCAAAUUCAAAGAGAUUCCUUCCCAAUAUAUUCUCAAGAGAUGGACUAAAAAAGCAAGAGCUGAAAAUGUGAAAGAUAGGUGUGGGCAUGAUAUUAAGGUUGAUGCAAGAUUGCGUCAAACUUCACGCUUUAGAUCAUUGAUGGCAAUUUUUAGAGUAGUAGCGUGUAGAGCUUCCGAAAGUGAGAAAACAUAUAACUUGCCGGUAGAGAAAGCGGAUGACUUAAUUGCAAACAUUGAAAGCAUGUUAAGCGCAAAAUUCAAUAUACCUUUUUCAGAUACUAUUGAACAAGAAAGCCUCCCGACACAUGCCUCGAAAGCUUUGAAGUGGAUGGUGUAG